GAACGUGGUAACAGGAACACCGAUGUUGGUACUGCACGUCCCCCUUUCAGAGCACAUUCUUGUCCUUGCCUCGUAGGCUCCUCCCCACAGGCCUCCCUGGAGGACUCUGGGUGGAACCACACCUUUUCCAGACACGGUAGUGCUUCUCCUGGGGCCUCAGAUAGUGAAGGUCGGUGGGCUCCACGACCAAAGUUGGUCCUCCUGUGAAUCGCCGGUUCUGGUUGUGAUGCUCUAGGUCACAACGAGUGUGAACACACGCUAUCUAUGGGCCUGCUCUGACUCGUCCAGCCUGCUUAUGGGGGAAGGUGACACCAUCUGGGCCCCAUCUGUCCUUCCUCACGGCACCCUCGGCACCUUGAGCCACCACCCCCAGCUACAUUUUGGAAGAAAGAUGGAGUCCAAGGUCUCAGAAGGUGGCCUGAACGUGACGCUGACCAUCCGCCUGCUCAUGCACGGAAAGGAAGUUGGCAGCAUCAUCGGGAAGAAAGGAGAGACCGUGAAGAAGAUGCGUGAAGAGAGCGGGGCAAGGAUCAACAUCUCGGAAGGAAACUGCCCAGAAAGAAUCGUGACCAUCACGGGCCCGACAGACGCCAUCUUCAAGGCCUUUGCCAUGAUCGCCUACAAGUUUGAGGAGGACAUCAUUAACUGCAUGACCAACAGCCCGGCCACCAGCAAGCCCCCGGUGACGCUGAGGUUGGUGGUCCCCGCCAGCCAGUGCGGGUCCCUGAUCGGCAAAGGCGGCUCCAAGAUCAAGGAGAUCAGGGAGUCCACAGGUGCCCAGGUCCAGGUGGCCGGGGACAUGCUGCCCAACUCCACGGAGCGGGCAGUGACCAUCUCGGGGACCCCCGACGCCAUCAUCCAGUGUGUCAAGCAGAUCUGUGUGGUCAUGCUGGAGUCCCCACCGAAAGGUGCCACCAUUCCCUACCGCCCAAAGCCCGCCUCCACCCCUGUCAUUUUUGCAGGUGGUCAGGCCUACACGAUCCAGGGACAGUACGCCAUCCCCCACCCAGAUCAGUUGACCAAGCUCCACCAGCUGGCCAUGCAGCAAACCCCCUUUCCUCCCCUCGGACAGACCAACCCCGCUUUCCCCGGAGAAAAGCUGCCUUUACACUCCUCCGAAGAAGCUCAAAAUCUGAUGGGCCAGUCGUCAGGUCUGGACGCCAGCCCCCCCGCCAGCACUCACGAGCUCACCAUUCCCAAUGAUCUAAUAGGCUGCAUAAUUGGACGCCAGGGGACCAAAAUCAAUGAAAUUCGACAGAUGUCUGGAGCGCAGAUCAAAAUCGCCAAUGCCACGGAGGGGUCGUCAGAGCGCCAGAUCACCAUCACGGGGACCCCGGCCAACAUCAGCCUUGCCCAGUACCUCAUCAACGCCAGGCUGACGUCCGAGGUCACCGGGAUGGGCGCGCUCUAACCCCGCCGACGUCCCCACCACUCGCCUGUGCAGACCGCCCACCCCCUCGCAGAUAUAGAGGUUUCUUUACUACAGAAGGUGUCUGUGCCCUAGAGAUGCACCCACAGCGCUCCACCUGUGUCUGUGAGCCCCCGGCUCCGCCCCGACGCUGCUCCAACUUCACUUACGCCCGUCUCCUCACGCGUUGGCAUGCCGUGUUCAUUAUUUUAAAUGCUUUGGGGCCACUCCCAUCUGUGACGUUGUAGAAACGUUGUUCCUUAGUGUCCGUGUAACUGUUGUUUUAAGACUUGGUUUGACAUUUGGACAGCGCUUCCAGCAGCCGUCCCCUCCAAGCCCCAGGAGCUGUGGCCGCAGGGAGCUGCCCCUCCCCGGUCCCUCGACCUCGGCUCCCGUGGCCACACGGGUCAGCGCCGGGCAGGGUGCACGUCUCCCUUUAUCCGAGGGCAGGAGAAAGGAAGGCUCGGGGUCCUGACCUGGGGUGCGGGGCGAAGCGGGGAUGCUGGGCCCCGGGCGUCUUCGGGGCUGAGAGUGGGGACCGGCCGGAGGCGUCUCCGCACCGCGUCCCGGCUCAAUAAACGUGUGCGCUGCCCCUCGGUUCUGGCCCCUCUCUGUGCCCCCCGCGCUCAGACGCCGCCCCCCCACGCUCGUGCGGCCGCCUGCCGCCCAAGGAGCAGGUCCUUCUCACCGAAAUCGCCCUCCCACCCUCUCCCACCUUUAAACAAGUC